UUUUCAUCGGUUUGUCAAACAAAAAAAACAGUGUAAUGUUAAAAGCAUCGAUUUCUAUUACUUUGGCCACGAUUGCCGUUUUAUGUGUGAUACCAUCUUUGGCAAACAGGUGUACCGGAAAGCCCGAUGGUCUCUUCAUUAACGAUUUUACGGCCUGCGAUAGAUAUUUCGUCUGUACUCGCCAAAUGCCAGUACCUGGUCGCUGCCCGAAUGAUUUGUAUUUUAACGAGGAAGAACAAAAGUGUGAUCAUUCCUGGAAUGUGAUCUGCCUUCUUUGUGGUGACCCGAACGAGGAGCCUACGACUAUUACUACGCCGGAAUCUCCAACAGGCCCUGAUGAAACGGAAACACAAAUGACUUUGAUGUUAGAGCCAAGUGAAACAGUCGAGAAUUUUCCUAUCGAAUAUGAGUGUGGCAAAUAUACUGCUUGUUUCGACGGCGAAGGUUUCUUGAUGGAAUGCGCACCGGAACUUUUCUUUAAUCCUGAGAGUAGGCGGUGUGAAAUACCAGAUGACAACUCUUGUGACCGCAGCUGCCCUAGCAACGUUAAUCCGUCGGUACCAACGUUCGUCCCAGACCUUACAGACUGCUCUAGUUACUUUAUAUGUUUCAAUCGUACCUCAACUGCACAAAGUUGUGCGGGUGGUAUGCUGUUCAACCCUGAUACCAGAAAAUGUGAUUUUCCUGAAAAUGUGGAUUGUGAUCAUGUUACACCCAUAAUAACUGAGUGUCAACCGAAUGGAAUGCAUUAUAUUCCGCAUGAAGAGAGUUGCACAUCAUUCUUCGUUUGCGUGAAUGGUGAAAAUCGGGGUGAACAAGAAUGCGCGGACUCUUUACUUUUUGAUAUUGACACUAUGACCUGUAGAGAGGCCGAAUUAGCUACUUGCACCUGCCAGGAGUGCAUGACAUGACAGCUUAGUAGUCUAUUUGUUUAAAAAAAAAGUUUUCGGAUGCUUGAGUAAAUUAUCCAAUAUUUCAUAACGAUUACAAUAUAUGUAUUUAUAAAUAAAGAAAAAACAAUCAUAUGAA